CGACAGCUGGCCUGAACCAGGAGGCAGACAGACACAGAGGGGGGGGUCACACUCUGGGAAGUGAGGGGGAGUUCAUGGAUCUGCAGGACCAGCUCUUUACGUCAUCCUGGGCCAUUUGCUGUUUGGCAUGCUCCAUCUCCCCCACCAGGACAGCCUCUCUCUCUCUCUCUCUCCCUCUCUCAGCCCUGCUAGCCGCUGGUAAACUCUGAGACAGUUGAUCUCCGUGGUCCGCGCCACCACCUCACUUCCCAGCAUUCCUUGCCUGGGAUCCCCGUAGCCUUGAAACAGUCCAUUGACCUGCGUACAUCCAUGGACGGGAAGUACAAGGAGAUUGCCGAAGAGCUCUUCUCCCGCAGCCUGGCAGAGAGUGAGAUGCGCAGCGCCCCCUAUGAAUUUCCAGAGGAUAGCCCCAUCGAGCAGCUGGAGGAGAGACGUCAUCGUCUUGAGCGUCAGAUCAGCCAGGAUGUAAAGUUUGAGCCUGACAUCCUCCUGAGGGCCAAGCAGGAGUUCAUGAAGACUGACAGUGCCUCUGAUCUCGAAUAUAUGAAGGAGCAGAGCCAAGUGCAUGAGCUGCAUGAGCGAGAGCUGGUCCCAGAGAAGGAGUACCAGAGAGUCUCGAUCUCUGGGGAGGAGAAAUGUGGGGUUCCCUUCACAGAUCUGUUGGACGCUGCCAAAUGUGUGGUGAAGGCUCUGUUCAUCCGACAGAAGUACAUGGGUCUGUCCCUGCAGAGCUUCUGCAGGACCACGUCUCGUUGCCUGCAGGAGCUCAGUGAGAGAUCUCUGGACCUGAACAUUUACGAGGAGGAGCUCACAUUCACACCAGAAGCCACAGUAGACCCACCUGUGUCUGAAAACCACCCGUAUGAGAACCAGGACCCUUCCAGCAUGCCCCCGGACAUGGGAUACGGCUGCAAGAUGGUGGACGGUGUCAUGCAUGUGUACACAACAAGGAGCAUUAUGGAAAAGAGCACGGAGAUGGACCUGCCAUAUCCAGACCUGCAGGAGUACAUCGCUGAUAUGAACGUGAUGAUGGCCCUCAUCAUCAACGGCCCAGUAAAAUCCUUCUGCUACCGACGCCUGCAGUAUCUCAGCUCCAAGUUCCAGAUGCACAUCCUGCUGAACGAGAUGAAAGAGCUUGCCGAGCAGAAGAAAGUUCCACAUCGAGACUUUUACAAUAUCCGUAAGGUUGACACACAUAUACACGCCUCGUCCUGCAUGAACCAGAAGCACCUUCUUCGCUUUAUCAAGAGGGCCAUGAAGAAGUAUCCAAAGGAUAUUGUUCACGUGGAAAGAGGGAAGGGUCAGACACUCAUGGAGGUGUUUGAGAACAUGAACCUGACGGCGUUUGACCUGAGUGUGGAUACCCUGGACAUGCACGCAGACCGUAACACCUUCCAUCGAUUUGACAAGUUCAAUGCCAAAUACAAUCCCAUCGGCGAGUCCAUCCUGAGGGAGAUCUUCAUCAAAACAGACAACUACAUCGAGGGGAAAUACUUUGGUCACAUGAUUAAGGAGGUGAUGGCUGACCUGGAGGAGAGCAAGUACCAGAACGUGGAGCUCAGGCUGUCGAUCUACGGCCGCUGCAGAGAUGAGUGGGACAAACUGGCCAAGUGGUCCGUCAAGCAUGAGGUCUACUCCACCAAUGUGCGCUGGCUUGUACAGGUGCCACGACUCUUUGACGUCUACCACUCAAAGGGACAACUGUGUAACUUCCAAGAGAUGCUGGAGAACAUCUUCAUGCCUCUGUUCGAGGUCACAGUCGACCCUGGCAGCCACCCAGAGCUGCACCUCUUCCUUCAACAUGUGGUGGGUUUCGACAGCGUGGACGAUGAGUCCAAACCAGAGCAACAUAUCUUCAACCUGGACAGUCCGCUGCCAGUCAACUGGACAGAUGAGGACAACCCGCCCUAUUCCUACUACCUCUACUAUAUGUAUACAAACAUGACUGUUCUGAACCACCUGCGCAGGAAGCGGGGGUUCAACACAUUUGUCCUACGUCCUCACUGUGGCGAGGCUGGGCCCGUCCAUCACCUGGUGUCUGGGUUCAUGCUGUCAGAGAACAUCUCCCACGGGCUGCUGCUCAGGAAGGCUCCUGUGCUGCAGUACUUGUACUACUUGGCUCAGAUAGGCAUCGCCAUGUCCCCUCUCAGCAAUAACAGCCUGUUCCUCAGCUACCAUCGCAACCCUCUGCCCGAGUACCUGUCCAGAGGCCUCAUGGUCUCCCUGUCCACAGACGACCCUCUGCAGUUUCACUUCACCAAGGAGCCCUUGAUGGAGGAGUACAGUAUUGCUACUCAGGUGUGGAAGCUGAGCUCCUGUGACAUGUGUGAACUGGCCAGAAACAGCGUUCUGAUGAGCGGAUUCUCUCAUAAGGUGAAAAGCUACUGGCUUGGACCCCACUACAUCAUGGAGGGACAGGAGAGUAACGACAUCAGACGCACCAACGUCCCCGACAUCCGCGUGCAGUACCGGUACGAGACCAUGUGCGAGGAGUUGAAUUUAAUCACACAGGCCAUCCGCACAGACGAGCUGGAGACCAUCGAGGAGGAGGGCAGCCUGUGCAUGGGCGCCAUGCAGGCAUAGAAACAAACGUGCGGCACAACACAAACACAUCUCUCGCUACAUUCCCUGUUUCCACAUCGGGACUUUGCACAGAUUUCCAUAAAAAACAUAUCACACCUGUGACAAGAUUUCUAAUAAGACUGUGAGAGUUGCUACCAUAGCAAUAAGAGAGAGGACCUACAAUCUGUGCUCCCAAGGUGUCCACUUCCUUUGGUCACUCUUUUGUUUAUUUGUUGUGGUUAGUUUACAAUGUCUCAUGGAGUGUUCAUUUUGAGAUUAUUCCAUUUUCAUGGUUUACGAUCACAAUUCGUCAGAGUUUGUGGACAAAGGCUGCAUUUCCAUUAGUAAGCCCUCACAUCAUUCAGCCCAUCAAAACAAUUCGUACACUGGAUUUAACACUGACAGAAAAAUUAGACGGGGAAAAUCUUUUCAAAGUAAAAGCCUGUGCAAAGGGCUGUGGCUUACUAAAAAUAAUCCGUUUUGAGAUAUAAAACAGUGACACUUAUAUCUACAUACUAGUGCCUGACACAUUUAAAAUAAAAAACUGAGAGAUGUGGACAAAACAAGUGGACCAUUCCAAUCAGUUGUUGUGUUCGGCAUCCCUGCAACAUGUUACAUUUCUAGAGAGGUGCAUGUAGGGUGCAUUGUGCCCAGCAGUGUAGGGUACGUGGAUACGCAGACAAACAAUCUCCACAGAGGUUUUAUGAGGAGCUCAGUUCAUCAACAGAAGAGACAGAAUCCUUAGCAGAGAAUAACAAAUGGCAAUAGGAUGGAGCGUCCUUAAAUAGAGUGGGAGAGCAGAGCCAUAUUUCUUUUAGGUUCUUCAUUAGUUCUCUUUGUGUCACCAUUACAGAGAAAAUGCAGCCUGGGAAGCAUCAGUUGUUGAUAUGUUUUUGCUUCCAUACUGCAAAGAUACCGUCAACUAUUCUAGACUUAUCUGUCAUCUAUCGCUAUCAUCUUUAAGGUUUCAUCUUGAGCCUCAUGCACUUAUGAAUACUUGUCCUUUAUGCUUGUGCAACAUUCCUGCAUGAAAACUACAUGUUGUCCCCACCAGAGAAUUA